UCCUCAAAAUAACCGAGACAAUGCCAAAAGGAAAAUCCAAAGCGAAAAACCCUGAUCUCUAUGAGGACGAAGAUGCUACGGAAGCUGAGGAGCGAAGCAAGGCACCGCAGGCUGCUGUUCAUGCACGUGGCGGGCGUUGGGAAGUGAGGGAUGAUCUAAAGACCGGUACGCACUGGGAUGACAUGCACCAUAUUGAUCUCAAGAGAGCUACAGAAGAGGCAGGGGUGCAUAAGAAAGACAUGAGCAAAAUUGAGAUGAUACACGCACUAGCGAAAAAGGACCGUAUCGACGAAAUGGAAAGGAAGGCUGCUGAAAAAGAAGAGCAAAGGAAGAAAAGGCUUGUAGAGAUUCAGGAGAGGAAGAAACAUGCAGAAAGAUUAUGGAGAAAGAGAGACAGGCAGGCAAGGAGGUCACGAGGGGAAGACUAUGUGAGCGAUACGACUGACUCAGGAUCCGACUCCCUCGGUAGAGGGUCGGAUGAUGAGUCGAAUAUGAGUACAACCACAACUCCAUCAGAAUCAUCAAUCACAUCCGUCAAUCCGGCGCCACGACUAAGAAUUUACGAGUGGCCAUACGGUGAUGCACCACCAGCGAAUCCACCACAAGCCCCCAUGAGUUCAUCGGACGCAUCAAUGAAUGAUAUCCAGCCAGAGCCUCUUCCGAAGAGACUCCCGUACGCAGUCAUGAAAAUUAUGACAACCGUUUCGAAGGAAAAGCUUGAACUGCCCGGUCGCCAAUACUCCGAGGAAGUUGGUCCAGAUUUCGUCUUGUCGCUGUCAGAGCAUACAAAGGACUGUGCUCGCAACGGAAUCAUGUAUGGUCAAUUGCAACGAGCCGUCAUCGAGCGCGCUACGGAUUGGGCAAGGCGGACUCAAGUGCAGUGGUGGAACGGGAUCAUGUGUUUCAACCUUCCGCCUCGAGGCUCGUCCAGAAAGGUGCUCGCCGAUGUAUAUGCUAAGUGGAAUAGAAAUAAGAAGAAGCUGCACAGGCGCGAGGGUUUGAGAGGUGGAGGGAUUCACAAGGCCGAACCCAAGCAGAUAGCGACACAGCGAUUAAAGGACCAACGGCAGAAAAUGAUCGAUGUCUACGCUGUAUCGGAACAUCGGCCCUCCAUCUGCUAUAUGCCCUCAUAUUUGGAUUACCCCUUUAUGGAGGAGGAUGAGGAAGUGGCGGCAAGACUUGAUAAUCUGUUCUACAUUCGCUUCGUAGAUAUGGAUCUACCGCAUUAUUAUUUCUGGUCUACGUCUGAGUGGAACGAUCCCACUAAGCCGAACCCUGAUUGGCUUGAUGCGAACAAUCAAAAUGUUCGCCUGAACUCCCUCAGCAUAAACCCGGUUCUCAAUGAAACGGGGAACAAACUAACGCCGUCUUCACGAAAUAUACGAGUGAAAAAGACUCUGGUCCCUCGUAAAUUCCGGUCGUCUUCUAUUGCACCUAAAACAUCCAGAUACAAAGCAGCAAUCUGGGCUUUCGAGAAAGAUCUUUAUAACAAAGGGUUGGCGGUGACAUUGAAAGACGUACGCGAGAGAUGGAAUAGGGACGGUAAAAAAACACGAGAAUGGAGACGCCUUGUCAAGAACUUACCGUCGUUGUACCCAGCCGGCGAGCUUCCCGCUUCCCCGCCAGUCAGCACUCCUCCAGGUAUCACAAGUCUGGCGGAGAAGUUCGCAGGAAUCGAAGUGCCCAGCGAGCAGCGGUGGCCUAUUGAAAGUAUAAUUGGGGACGAGCCCUGGACCCGAGACGACGAAGCUUACUGGGAUAUUGCGCAAAUACCCCUUAUCGCAUCAGACACUCUGCAUGAUACACUACAUGCUCUGGAACGUCGAGGAAGCGAAGACUUACCAUUCGUCACUGCUUGGAUGAACAAGAUAUCUACUUCACCAGACUCACCCUCCCUGCCAGCUAAACGAAGAUCGUCUACAACCCCUCCCGUUUCUCUUGAUAUACGCCAGCGGGAACGCGCGGUCUGGGAAGAGUCGUUUCUCCAGAACAUCGAGUCUGAAACUGUGCUAAGUAGCACUAUUGAGCAAAUGCCUGUUGCUGAGUUGAAACACAACCUUUAUCUCAUGAUGCAACGUACACAGCUUUCUCCUCUGUGGCAUCACCAUGAUCACGGUAACGGUCUUCUUCAACGCCAAUGCAAAGUAUGCUUGCACAACCUAGGUUCCAGGCGUCGCUCGUCCAUAAGAAGACAUUACCAUGACCACCAAAACAAGGCGAAUGACCGCUGUCCAUUCUACGGUGCUGAGUGGAAUAAGUGGCCAAGUGAAGUUAAAGCUUCCCAUAUAUUCAUUCACGGUCCUCUGCACGAUCAAGAGCAAGCUGAAGGUGCUGGUAGACAGAGGCGAUUACAAUCACGCCCUGUCUCUGACGGCGUAAACGCAUUAUAUGCUAUUCCCAGAACUGGAACACGACGUUCGAGCACGCGUGGCUCAACAGAACGGGAACUAAAUACGGAUAACGCCCACCGAUUCCAAUCGGGGGGCGAAAGACGAAGACUGUCCAAAGUCUCGUUCUCGCCGGUGACGGUAGAAAAAAGGGUUGCAUACAAUGACUUCGGUGACAGUCAUAGCUAUGACGCAGAUGCCAGCUCGAUCACGACUCCGAGUCCAAAACGCAGUAUACUUCGGUCCAAUCCAAUCAAGGAUUCGUUCAAAUCUGCCCUGAAGAUCGACAUGACUGCCAGUCCUUUAAAUUCAAGACAACGCCGUGGCCCCAUAAGAAUAGAUCGAGCAAAGCAUUUAAAUCAACAACCACCAAACACAAAGUAUCUUGAGGAUCCUUGGAAUCCAGAAGGUUAUAGCUCCAGCGAGCCCGUACUCAGUCCUUCCCCACACGCGUUUACAAAUCUUCUUGAAGACCAUCCAGACGCUACCUGGGAUCCAAGGAGAGCUAGCAAGAGCAGUGUAGAGAGCCUAGAAUUUCUUAAUGCUCACCCAGCUUCGCGUUCGUCAGCCAAACGCAAAUCUCGCAGAGAUAUAGCCCUUGCAGCCAGCAAAUCUGCAGCAGCAACCACUCUAGGCUCUCGCCGCGCAGCCAAGAAAGAACCCGAGAUCAAGACAGCGAUUUUGGGUAAACCCUACGUGCCACCACUCGUGAUAGCACCCGCAAAACAAUGGGCGAAGAAGGCGUCUCAAAGCCACCACCCCACAGCAUCCGCCGAAAGAGGAGGGUUGUCCGAUUUCCUAUCCCCAUCAACGCCAGAGGUCAGCGCACCCGCAUUCUUCAGUCAAGAUCUCAAUCCCGGUGAUUCCAAAUCCAGCGAUGAUCAGUUAACAGAUUACCUCCGACGCGGCCGGCGUUCGUCAGCACCCACGCCGUCUCCAUCACUGACGAGCAGCCAUCCGAGAACCGCGUCGGAUUCUACGCAGAAUUCUAGUAUCAGCCCUACCCUUAUCCACGAUGUCUUUCCAAUAGCGCAGAUCCAGGUUCAGCAGAGUAACACUGCGGAGUCAGCGAAGCGGAAACACUCGUUCGAUGUGCCGUAUUCGCAGCCCAGCCUGAUUGUGCCGCCGAACACACCUGCAAAUCGUCCCAAGGCGAGACGAAAAAAAAGGCAGUAGCGCUGUUUAUCUCAUACAAACCAGACACACAUCAAGACCUCGAAAGACUGUCGAUAGCCAGUUGCGGGGUGUGGCAAGCCCUAUCUAUCAUGUAUGUUUCAACCAAUAAAUGACGAUUCUAAAGUGCAAUCUGAAUUAUAGUCCAUCGAUUUAGUAUUUCGUUUAUCUAUUCAAAUGCAUACCAUCUGUGAGCGCAUAUUACCAAUUCGGAGACUUCGGAAAACGUCUUCCAACGUUGAUUCGGGGUCAGUGGAAGGAAUCCUCGAGCCUUACUUGGCUGGAUUAUAUUGCUAGCUGUUUCGGUCUAGUUUUC